AUGACGAGUUCAUUGAGAGGGCUCUUGAUCCCAUUUCGAUCUCGAAUCUCGAAGUUCUUUGGGAUACCUUCUCAAGUGGCAUCGCUGGAGCGUGCCAAACCUUCCACGGUGACAGAGGAGCCAGAUUAUUACCGAAUUGGCGGAUUUCAUCCUAUCUCCCUAGGCGACACCUUCCAUCAUGGCCAAUACACCAUCCUGCGUAAGCUGGGAUACGGCCAAUAUUCCACAGUUUGGCUAGCCAGAGAUUCCGGACAUGAGAAAUAUGUAGCGCUCAAGGUGCUAAGGGCUGACUGUUAUGGUGGCCCGCAUGACAUCUUUGAGAGAGAGAUCCUCUCACGAAUAUCCGAAAUUUCUAACCAAAGUUCCCACCCGGGCUGCAACUACGUGUCUCAUCUUCUUGAGCAAUUCAAGCAUACAGGACCCAAUGGAGAGCAUGUUUGCCUUGUAUUUGAUGUGCUCGGACAUCACCUGGGCUUCCAAGCUGCAAGGUACGAAGAUGGGAAAUUACCUGUACAGGCUGUGAAAGGAAUCACACGGCAGCUUCUUCUGGGGCUCGACUUUCUUCACAGGGAGUGUGGUAUCAUUCAUACUGCAUCGUGGAAGGAAAAGCAUCUGUCAGAUUUAAUCCAGUCACCUGCCCUGAGGGCUCCGGAGGUAACAAUAGGCGCCCCCUGGGAUUCUGGUGUGGAUAUAUGGAGUCUUGGAUGUCUUGUUAUGGAGUUUGUGCAAGGAAUAGUGCUUUUCUCUGGGGAAGCGUCGUCAGGGGGUAUAUGGACAGCUGAAGACGACCAUCUCGCAAGAAUGAUUGAGAUCCUUGGUCAAUUCCCAUCCCACUUCAUAGCAAAAGGCCAUCGCGCAGCACACUUUUUCGAUAAGCAAGGAAACUUUAUCCGCAUUCCUAACAUGGAGGCCACCAGCCUUGAACGCUUGGUAAACGGCAAAACAAAGCCAUUCCUAAAACCCAUUGAUAUGCCCGAUGCCGAGGUCCCGGUUUUUAUUGAUUUUCUUAAAGGCAUGCUUGCAAUUGAUCCAGCAUGUCGAAAGUCCGCGGCUGAGCUGCUGGAACAUGACUGGAUUCGUUUGUAG